AUGAGCGUAUCUGGGGGAGGUAACAGGAAUGCCUUGAAUCUCCCCCUCGACGCAGAAGGAAAACGGGAUUGGAGUUAUGGCUUGUGCGAGUGUUUUGGGGACAUGGAUACCUGUCGACUGGAUUAUCUCGAGGCUCACGGCACACCAGACCCCCAACGCGGGAACCGAUGCACCUCUGAUGGCUUUUUCUAUACUUGCAUCGACUUUACUUGUAACAUGGGUUGGGUAUUCCAGAUUGCAACUCGCGCAAGGAUGCCAGUGCGUCAAUGUUACAGUAUUCGAGGUAGUUCCUCCGAAGACUUUUGGACUGCUUUCUUUUGUCAUUCUUGCGAUUUGGUUCAAGGAAGCCGUGAGUUGCAGGUAGAAGAAGAUAGUCGGAGCCCAGAGCAUGAAAGAAGAGUGGGAGAGAGUGGAAGAGCUAGGAGGGAGAUUCAGGUAACGACAUUGCGAUUGAUCAUGGUCAACGGACUUGGGUUUGUUGGACUUCUGGAAUCUGGAUGUAGAGAGUGCUGGUAG